AUGCUGCAGAUCAGCCGCGUUGUGCGCUUGGUGUUGCCGGGGCGACUUGCAUUUCGGCAGGCCAGCGCCAGAGGUGCAGCUGCAGGCGCGGGCGCUUCGCGUGAUGAGCUGAGGAACUUGGUGAAGGAGCUCCACACCAGAGAAACAGUUCCAGAGGAAGAGGUGGAGGCGCGAAAGCAAAGACUGGAGGACGCCUCCCCGCAGCUGCAGAGCAACCUCAUCCAGGGUGAGAUGAAUGAUCGCCUCUCACUGCUCAAAGACCUUGCAGAUCUAGGGCUGGUGCCUGGCAAGCCGUACCCCUUCGCCGUCUUCCUGCUUGCCUUUCUGGAGGAGUACAUCAAAGGCAUCGAGGCGCUUCGCGACGGAGAGACCACCUCCCAAAGAGCGGAGGAGCUACGAAAGAUCUUGCUGUGCUUCCACCGGGCGGGCCUGGCGCCGGACCGUUUGAAGCUGCUCUACGGCCACAUUGAGAACGACUUCCCUCGCUUUGAGGCCGUUGGCGCCAUUUUGCCCAUGCCGACGGCGGUGUUGCUCUGCCACACCAUGCUGUCCACUGGUCUGAGCACCGCGGGCGCGGUGGCCGUGCUGCUGCGCGCUGCGCUGCGGGAGCCGCUCAUUGAGGUGGCCGAUGAUGCACAGGAGCUGCGGCUGUUAAAGACCAUCGAGAUGCUGAUCCGCGUGGAUUUCCUCCACACCCAGGAGCAGCUGCCGCCGGAGGUGGCGGAGUACCUCUCCCUGGUGCGGAACCUCCGGUUCUACGACCGCGAGCUGCGCAGAGACACCGCGCUCUCCUACCAGCUCGCCUUCUUCCUGCGGAAGCACGGCUUCCCGGCGAAGCGGAAGAUGCUGGGGCCCUACCCCCUGAAGGUGUGCGACCCAUUGGAGCGGAUCAACUUUGAGCCCCUGGAGGAGAGGCCCUUCCGCGCGGGUUUGCUGGAGCUGCCCUUGGCGCGGAAGAAGCGGCACCUGGAGGCGGUGGGCUGGCGCAGCAUCGAGGUGCAAGCCGGGCAGUGGAAGUCUUUGCCGGGCUAUGAGGCCAAGGUGCGCGAAGAUCCGCUGCGAUCGGUGCUCGGGCUAUUCGAGGCAGCCACAUGGAUUGGAGAGGUGCUUGCUCGGAGCGAGGAGAAGGACAACGAGCUGUCGAUGUUGGGCUGGUCUGUGACCAGCGUGACGCAGUCCAUCCGAACCUUCUCCGACAACUUGCCAGAGGAGGACCGGCAAUAUGUCUUUACCUCGAACCAGGUUUUCCCGCAGCUGGCGAUCGUGCUGAAGUCUGCCAAGCAGGUGCUGGAGAAGUAUCAGGCGCCGAUGCUGGAAGAUCAGAAGAUUGUGCAGGAGAAACAGAGCAAUGGAUUUCGCGCCCUCUUCAGCAACAGCAUGAAGCAGGGCUCUAGGACACUCCAGGAGGGUCUCGAGGCCAUCAGCAGCAAGAUCGGGCGGGCCUCGGGCAUCCUGCGCUUGCCGGAGGACGAGCUGGGAAACAUCCGGCAGGCGAACUCGGACAUCUCUCGGCUGCUGCCACAGCUGCAGCUGGCCAUCUCCGCGCUGUCGAUCAGAGGAUCCAAGCGUCAAGCCGAGACCAUGCUGGAGAGGCCGCAGGUGCAGCGCUGCCGCACUGUUCAGCUGGGCGACGGUGAUGCGGCCGGCACUGGCAACUCAGGCACCAGCCCAGAGCCACUGGCUGCACCGCAGUCGAGCGAGGAGGUCAACAAGCGCCCCUUGCUGGAGCUGAAGUUAGUGAGCGAGGCUCAUUUUGCCUCGGACACCGAGUUGCCGUGCCUCACCACCCGGGACCUGCGGCCCGUCACCGCAGCCUCCACAGCCUCCCUGGAGAGCGAGGAGAAGAGUGAGAGCAGUGCUGCCCAAGUCAGGCUGGUGCUGGGACGGCAAGAGCUCCGAGACAAGGUGACGCUGAAUGUCCCGAAGCCCGGGGGGGCGGGCAGUCUGCCCAUCAGCCGCUUCGUCAGCCGGGACCAUUUGCAGAUUGACGUGCCAGAGGCUCAAGCACAUCUUCCCACACAGGACAGCAUCCAGAUGGCCACCUUGGCUUGGGGCAACUUUGACGACAGCCAGGAGACUACGGAGCUGUGCACUCAGCUGGAGAAAGUGCCAAGCGACGCUUCCGGAAAGACAGAGGAUCUCACAUGA